AUGACCUCCUUAAUACAAACCUCGAUUGAGGCCAUGGGAAACCCCAAUACCUCAAAGCAUGAAAGUUUAUCCUCCCCCUCAUCUGAGUCUUUUGAUGAAUCAAUUUCCGAAUCUAAAUCAAAACCAACCAAAGCUUCAGUAAAUUCAAUUCCUAUAUUAAAGUCGAUUCAAGACUGGUGGGCAUCGUCUCCAGAACUUAAAAGAGAGCACGGUACAAUAAGCAAGGAAGAUUCAAACCUCAGGACUGCCAGGUUGAAGAAUAGACAAAUCGAGUUUGAUCUAUUUAGAGCAAUUUUACCUGAUGAUAUAUACAUUGAGCCGCCCGUGGCAACCGAGGAGGAGGACAACAACAACAACAACAACAACAACAACAACAACAACAACAACAACAACAACAACAACAACAAUAAUAAUAAUAAUAACAACCAAUCUAAAUCAAGUUCCAUGAAAGGCAGGCUAAUAGAUGUUGACCUCAAAGACGGAUCCUUCAUUCACGAGUUUUACUUGGAAAAUGAUGAGCCUGGUCCAGAACAACAUAUCGUAAUCAUACACGGAUACAUGGCGGCCUUGGGCUAUUUCAUUAAAAAUAUUGAGCUGUUGGUUAGAAUCCCUGGAAUGCGGAUCCACUUGAUUGACUUGCCCGGGUUUGGUAAUUCGGCAAGACCCAAAUUCCCCAGCCAAUACCUCACUAAACCGACAAAAAAACGACAACAAAUUGAACAAGUUUUGGAUAUUGAAAAUUGGUUCAUUGACAAGAUUGAAAAUUGGCGCUUGAAUAGAAACAUCUCCUCUUUCAAGCUCAUUGCUCAUUCAAUGGGGGCAUAUUUGUCUUGUUGUUAUUUGAUGAAGUACAAUAACCAAAAUGAGUGCAAAGUGGUUACUGACUUGAUUUUGGUUAGUCCAAUGGGUACAGAGUCAAAUGAGCAUAGUUUGAUCAACGAUGAGAGAUACAAUGUGAAUCUCCAUUACACUAGCGAUCCAUUGCGAGAAUUGCAAUUUGACGAAGACAAUAAAGAAGUGGUGAUAAGUCCUGAAUUCACCAAGGCGUGGGAACUUGUAGGCAAGCCAAAGUUCCCCAAAAGUCCUGUCUUGAAAAGACUUUGGGACAAUAGUAAAUCGCCAUUUGAUUUAUUACAAAAGACAGGCCCUUUUUAUUCCAAGUUGAUAUCAUAUUGGUCAUUUGCCAGGUUUAGAAAUUUUACUGAUUCUGAAGAUAGCGUUGAUUUGGUCUAUAAGUUACAUGGCUAUUCAUUUUCCAUCUUCAAUCAAUACCAAGCGUCUGGAGAAUUGGCAAUUACCAAGCUUAUAAACCAUGAAAUAUUGGCUAAAUUGCCCCUUUGUGAUCGCGGAUUUGUUGAUUUCCUCGUUGACAACAACAUCAAUAGUUUAUGGUUUGGUUAA